CUGCACUUCACUUUCACUAAUUCCUUAUUUUCUUUGGAUUAUUUCCUUAUAAACAACAAAACCUCACCUUUCCCAUCUCACACCCAGCUCCUACAUAACCACAUACCACCUACCUACCUACCCACCCAACAAACACAACACAACACAACACCAACAUACACCCCAAAUCCAAAAUGAACGCCGCCUCUCUCGGCGACACCGCGCUCCAAUCCUCCGACCCCACCACCGCAACCCUGCACUACACCACCGCGCUGCUCACGCACCCCCGAUCGCCCAGCUACUUCAUCAAGCGCUCCACCGCCUUCUCACGCCUAAAGCCAACGCCGAACCUCCCCGCCGCGCUCCGCGAUGCCGAGUCCGCUGUUCUGCUUGCUCGCGAGCGGGGCAAACGCGAGUUGAUCGUUGAGGCGCAGAUGCGCAGAGCUAUUGUCUUGUUUCUCAUGGGGAGAUAUGUUGCUGCUGAGGGGGUGGUGGGGGUUGUGGAGCGGAUGGUAGGGUUGGAUAAAGAUGGGGAUGGGGAAAAUAAGGAGGAGAAGGUGAGGAGGGCGAUGGGGGGUGCAUCGGGUGGUGCUGGGAAGGGUGUCGAGGCGGAGGUGAGGAUUUGGGGGGCGAAGAUUAGGGCGAAGGUUCAGGGUUUGAAUGGGAAUGAGGAUGGGGAUGGGGAGAAGGUAGAGGAGGUUCCGGUGGGGGUGAAGGUGCCGGGGGAGAAGGAGUUGAGGGCGCAGUUGGAGGAGUUGAGGGGGGGUAGGAGUAAGAGUACGAUUGGGGGUGUUAGUGGUGAUGAGGGUCAGAAGGUUGAGGAUAAUACGGCUGCUGAGAAGGAGGAGGUGGAGGAGAAAUCUGAGGUUAAAGAAACUCAGCAGCAGCAGCAGCAGCAGCAGCAAGUCAAGGUCCGGCAUGAAUGGUACCAGUCCGGAGAGACGGUUGUCGUGACGUUAUAUGUGAAAGGCGUGCCUAAGGAUAAAGUGGCUAUUGAGCUGAAAGAGGACUCGACAUCUCUCCAAUUCCCCCUCCCCUCCGGCGCCGAAUACGACUUCACCCUCGACCCGCUCUUCGCCCCCAUCGACCCCUCCACCUCGAAGGUCUCCGUCUUCUCCACCAAGAUCGAAAUCUCCCUGCGCAAGAAAUCUCCCGGCCAGAAAUGGAGCGCCUUGGAAUCAUCCAUCGGAGUUACUCCCCAGCCUGUUACAACUACAUUUACACCCACCACCACACAAGUCAAACCACAAGCGCAAGGCCCAUCAUACCCUACCUCCUCCCGCCACGGCGCCAAAGACUGGGAUAAGCUUGCUUCAAGCCUAACCCAGAAGUCGAAGAAGGACAAACCCAAGUAUAAAGACGCGACUAAGGCAGAAGGAAAAGGAGAAGGAGAAGGAGAAGAUGAUGAAGCAUCCGACGCCGAAUCCAUCAACUCGGACUUCGGAGGCGGCGAUGCCGUCGAUGGGUUCUUCAAGAAACUCUACGCUAAUGCGGACCCGGAUACUCGUCGCGCUAUGGUGAAGAGUUAUGUGGAGAGUCAGGGGACUUCGUUGAGUACGAAUUGGGAUGAGGUCGGUCAGGGGCCGGUUAAGGUUAGGCCGCCUAGUGAGUAAGUAGGCUUCUUUCUUCUAAUCCUUCUCUACUGGGAGGGAUAGAAUGGGUGAAGGAAGAUGGAAGAAGGGAGGAGGAGAAGAAGGGGAAAUGCGAAUUGCAAGCGUGGAGUUUAUAUUCAUGGUCUACUUACUUACUAUCCAUGUUGUGGGUGCAUGUGGGUGGUGUUUAUGGUUUGGUAGUUUGAUUUCUCCUCUUCUCUUUUUGUCUUGCUAGUUGCUUAGCUACUUCGCUUAGUUCUGCUCUGCUUGUGUAAUGGUAAUCUGUUUGAGAUUU